GAUUUGAUUUCAAAAAGGCCACCUUCUUUCAUUUCAAUAUUUGCGAAUUUCUUUUCGUACGCUUCGGCACUCCCAUCAUUCAGUCAACAAAGAUCAAUACAUUUCUUUCUCCCUUCGAUCAUGGCUUCUGUUACCUUAUCAACAGGUGAAGUCAAUGGCUGGGUCACAGUUUCCACACAGGAUGCUACAUCCAGCCCCAAGCAAAGCUAUGCACCCUCUACCUCCACAUUUACUUCGAAGUCUGCCUCUAUCGGCAAGAAUGAGAUGUCAAAAGAGCGCGUAACCACAUACCUCAACGACCCUACUUCCUCUCAGAUUAUUCAUCGCCACAACUCCACGGAGGAAGGCAUCGAAGCCCAUACCAUCUCAGCACAAUCACAAAUUGACAAAUUCGAUGCUAUCAAAGCAAAUAGCAAGAAUUAAAGGUGAUAGAGUACAAAUCGAAUGAUUAAAGAAGGACGGACAGAAGGGAGCAAGGGCCAGGACAUAACUAGUUCAGUUGCAACAAUUCGA